CUAUAAGAGUUUGCGGUGUUUAUCCGGUCGAUUCGCUGUCUUACGUAACAUGACUUUAUAGGCUUCGUCGCAUCAUAACCACACUACAGUAAACCUAUUUGGAGCUUUCAACAUACAGCAUUUGAACAAAUUUAUUUCAAAGACUUCACAAGUUUAUUGUGUAAUGGAUCCAGGAGCUAACGAUUAUCCAGGCGGGAACGCGAAUGCUAAUAUACGAACUAAUUCGUUGCAUAUUUCUUCGGGAAUUCCAUUGGAUAAUUCUUUGAAUAUUACUGGUCCUUCUUCUGCCGGUCAUGUGAAUAAUGCUAGUCACGACAAAGAAGGGUUUUUGUGCCUAAAUCGUUCUCAAACGGAGUAUAUACAAAACCAUCCAUACAUCCAGAGUGGUCAUAACGAUAGCAGCAACAAUAGCCAUUAUUUCAGUGACUUCAAUGAACUUGCCCAAAGUAGUUCUCGGAAGCACUCUUUAUCUGGUGUCGUCCGGACCAGAAGGCGAAAAGCCGGUAUAAGUGAAGAAGAACGUGUGUGUAUUGUGUGUGGUGAACCGGCAUCUGGUUAUAAUUUUGAUCGUUUGACUUGCGAAAGUUGCAAGGCAUUUUUUCGUAGAAAUGCGCUGAAACCUAGGGACAAAAUAAAAGCUUGUAACCGAGGUGGGGGUUGUGCUAUUGAAGGCAAUCAGCGUAAACACUGUCCUUCGUGCAGGCUUGAGAAAUGUUUGGCCGUGGGUAUGAAAAGGGAGUUGAUACUACCACCUGAAAAACUUGAACAGCGGGCUAAACCUCGACGCCGCAAACACCAUUCUCCACAGGAUAGCAGUUCUUCACCCCAGAAUUUGUUAACUGGACCUUCAUCAGUCGGCAGUAGUAACACAAAUGCUUAUCCUCCCUAUUUACCAUCUCCUUUGACUACAUCAUCUCAUCCACAACAUGGAUCUAAUCACACUCCUCAUAAUUCCUCAUUCAUUUCUGGAGCUAACAGACCACUACAUCUUAUAAAUCCUGUCAAAUUCCCCACUUAUGUGAAUUCCAGUCAUCGCAAUGACUUAUCAUUGACUACGGAUACAUUCAGUUCUUCUGGUGCUUUAGAAAACAAAGAAUGUGACUUUCCUACUAGUUCAGUAAAAAUUCCCGCAAUUCGAAAAUCUGAUGAAUUGUUUGUGCCAUCUGUAAAUCAAGAUGAAAAUCUGAGUGAGAAAUUUCUAUCGCUUGAAUCAUCCCAACAGUCAGAUAGUUGUUGUAAAACACGACAUGGACUGCGUCUCAUACAGUGUCGCAAGUCUGGUGGCCGUACAUUUUGUCAACACCGCAGUUGUCGACUUCGUUCUCGGAAACGUCGACUGCGACGUCGACGUACUUUGUCUGGUUCUAAAUGUCUCCGCUCUUCGCCUAUGCAUAUAACUUCUCCGGAUCCUCACUUAUUAAGUUGUUUGCAAGGUUGUAUUCGUCGUAUCCGAGAACCGUUCACCCCGGAUGAACAGCUCGAAACUGGUAUUGCUGUCACGUUAGAACAAGAAUAUAAUCGAAUGGAUGCAUGCAUUCGGAGAAUAAUAAGGGUUGUUAAGCAUUUGCCUUAUUUUAGUGAGGUUGGCAAACCUGCUCAACUAAGUUUGUUGAGGACAAACAUUUAUGGAUUAAUUGUACUUUAUUCGUCCUUUUUCUUUGAACGAGAUAUUCGAAAACUAAGGUAUCCUGUAUUACAAACCGAUGGUCAGUUAACCACCGUAACAGUUUCGAUGCUGGAUGAAGUAGCCACUCCCAGUACUAAUAUGCAUGAUUCAGAUAAUAUAAUCUCUGGAUCAUAUUCUAAAUUGCUUCAAAAUAGUAGUUUCCGAUCCCUUUCAUGCUGUCGUUCUAGCCAAGCAAAUUAUGCUAUGGGUUUACGCGAAGAAUUUGAAUUGUAUAAAUCAAAUACUCUUGCUGCUUUUGAUCAUUUGGAUGAAUUAGUUGGUUCAGAUGAUAUUCUUCGGAUGUCUGUUUUAGCUAUCAAACUAUUCUCUGAUAAUUCUCUUGCUGAAGAUCUACGUCCCCCUGUGUUUGCUGCUAGACAGGCCUAUACUUUAUUUCUUUGGAACUAUAUCCGUUGGCAAGCAGGCUCUAAACGUUUGCGAUAUGCCACUGAACUUUAUGCCCGUAUUUUAAUAGCUUUUAUUGAUUUAAGAACUUUAGAAAUUCGUAUGACAGAGUUCGCCAAACUGCUCAGUUUAGAUGGCCUCAGUCCAUUAAUGCGUGAGGUCUGUAGUCAACGAAGCACUUUAGGAUCAACUUCUGCAUAAAACUGUCUGUGUACAAUGGAUUAUAUGUGAAUAGUACCAACGGCAUAGUAUCUGAAAUAGACAGUUCACCCAUCACCUUCCUUUUAUAAACAUUCUGUAUAGUAUGAGUUAAAAACAUUUUGUUUCUUUUUGAUAUAUUGUGUUCGAAAAAAGAAAAAUAUUAAAGUUCGCAUAUUAUAUUAUUUUAUUCAUAAAAAGUGAACAUUUGUACGCUACUAAUAACCCAAUACCUAUUAUUACUAUUCGUUUAACUUUUAAUAUGACAACUAUGACUAUUUCGACUACUAAUUAGUCUGUUUUUCGUCUAAUAGUGUUACGAGUGAAUUAAUUUUUGUUCCCUGAGCUCCGACUAUGUAGAAAUGAGAUAUAUUUGGUAACUGUGAUUGUGUACUAGUCUGUAGGCCUUUUUUAUCUAGAUAUUUGUAUGUGCCCAUAGACAGUGGGAUUUAUACAUUCAUCAUCUACAUCAUCGUGAUUAAAAAAUAAUUAACGAUCCCAUUUCAAGUGUGUUUUGCUUUCGCCUUUGGCUAGGAGAAUGAAGUUGAAAAGCAGUGUUUUCACUUUUAUUUAUUUAUGAUUUUAAUAAGAUUAUGUAUUAGAUGUGUUAUAUUCUCGUUCUGCUUUUCCGUAUUUUGCUUUUAUAUGUUCCACAUUUCUGGUCGUUUUCUACUCGUCUUACCUACCUUUCUACCUGACUAUUUAUCUUAUCUUCUUAAGCUUAUACUGUAUUUACUGUAUUGCUUAUGAUAAUUUUACACUAGCAAAUAAGCUUUUUGUAAACACUAAAUACUUCUCUUAUAUCUACCUCAGUUUGCAGUGAUAUUUGUAGUAGUAUAUACUAUCUAAAUAUAAACAUAUAUUUGUGUAAAACGAUAGUCAAUUAGGUUAUUUGGGCAUUAUAGAAAUCGUACUAUUACUACUAAUUUCUUUGCUACCAAUUUCUUUUUAUAUAUAUAAACUAAAAACAAUGUGUUCC